GUCAUUCUGGCCGACAUCUUUUUCCCUCCUGCCGGCUUCUCCGUGUGAGGAGCACGUUGGCUGAAGUGCGGCGGGUUUUUUUUCCCCUUCAACCGCAUAUCACUGCCUUAUACAGCGCAUAAAGUCUCAGCGGACACCGGGUGAGGCGUCCAGCACCAAGACAAGAUGGCUGACAAGAACACGCGAAUCGCGAUCGUCAACCAUGACAAGUGCAAACCCAAGAAAUGCAGACAGGAGUGUAAGAAGAGCUGUCCUGUAGUGCGGAUGGGCAAGCUGUGUAUCGAAGUGACACCACAGUGUAAGAUCGUGUGGAUCUCCGAGUCUCUGUGUAUAGGCUGCGGCAUCUGCAUUAAGAAAUGUCCGUUUGGCGCGCUGUCUAUUGUCAAUCUGCCGAGUAACCUGGAAAAGGAGACCACACACAGAUACUGCGCCAACUCCUUCAAACUGCACAGGUUGCCUAUUCCUCGUCCUGGAGAAGUGUUGGGGUUGGUGGGCACUAAUGGUAUCGGGAAGUCCACCGCUCUCAAAAUCCUGGCAGGAAAACAGAAACCCAACCUGGGGAGAUACGAUGCUCCCCCGGACUGGCAGGAGAUCCUGGCGUAUUUCCGAGGCUCCGAGCUCCAGAACUAUUUCACCAAGAUCCUGGAGGACGACCUGAAGGCCAUCGUCAAGCCGCAGUACGUCGAUCAGAUCCCCAAAACCGUUAAGGGGUCAGUAGGCGCCAUUUUGAGCAGGAAGGACGACACUAAGACGGAGGAGCUGGUGUGCGGGCAGCUAGACCUGCUGCAUCUGCGCGAUCGCAACGUGGAGGACCUGUCCGGAGGAGAGCUGCAGAGAUUCGCCUGCGCCGUCGUCUGCAUCCAGAAAGCAGACAUCUUUAUGUUUGAUGAACCGUCCAGCUAUCUGGAUGUGAAGCAGAGGCUGAGAGCUGCCAUCACCAUUCGGUCUCUCAUUUCACCUGACAGGUACAUCAUCGUGGUGGAGCACGAUCUGAGUGUCCUGGAUUACUUGUCCGAUUUCAUCUGUUGUCUCUACGGCGUGCCGAGCGCUUAUGGAGUCGUCACCAUGCCCUUCAGCGUCCGGGAAGGUAUCAACAUCUUCCUGGACGGCUACGUGCCGACGGAGAACCUGCGUUUCCGCGAGACGUCCCUGGUGUUUAAAGUGGCGGAGACGGCAGCCGAGGAAGAGGUGAAGAAGAUGUGCCGCUAUCAGUACCCCAACAUGUGCAAGAGCAUGGGGGACUUCAGCCUCACCAUCACCGAGGGAGAGUUCACCGACUCCGAGAUCAUGGUCAUGCUCGGGGAGAACGGUACUGGGAAAACUACGUUCAUCAGACUGCUGGCUGGCAGUCUGAAACCUGACGGAGGAGGUGACGUACCACUUCUGAACGUGAGUUACAAGCCCCAGAAGAUCAGCCCCAAGUUUAAAGGCAGCGUCCGUGCCUUGCUUCAUGACAAGAUCCGAGACGCGUACACACACCCCCAGUUCGUCACUGAUGUGAUGAAGCCGAUGCAGAUCGAGAGCAUCAUCGACCAGGACGUUCAGAAUCUCUCCGGUGGUGAGCUGCAGCGCGUGGCGUUGGCUCUGUGUUUGGGUAAACCCGCUGACGUGUACCUGAUCGACGAGCCGUCGGCGUACCUGGACUCGGAGCAGCGUCUUAUGGCUGCCCGCGUCAUCAAACGAUUCAUCCUGCACGCGAAGAAGACGGCUUUCGUGGUGGAGCACGAUUUCAUCAUGGCCACUUACCUGGCGGACCGCGUCAUCGUGUUCGACGGCGUUCCCUCCAAAAACACCUGCGCUAACACGCCACAGAAUCUGCUGGCUGGCAUGAAUAAGUUCCUGGCACAGCUGGAGAUCACCUUCAGAAGAGAUCCGAAUAACUUCAGACCAAGAAUCAACAAACUCAACUCCAUCAAGGAUGUGGAUCAAAAGAAAACUGGCAACUACUUUUUCCUGGAUGACUGAAUCAUCCAUUCCUGAAAUACAACUAAAAUCCCCAUAAAAUUUUUGGUCCUGCUCCAUCGGGCCACGCCCCUCCCGACACGCCCCAUCAUCCAGGAAGCCUGUUUACUUUCAACACUGACGUGUGCAGUCGCUGCCAUUUUCGACAGGGUUUAAUUUCGUCCUUCUUUACUUCCCUUUCAUCGUCGCUGAUCCUCUAAACAGACCUGGACGCUGAACAGGGGGCGGACCCACACGUCCCGUCUGUAUAGAGGACCGAGAUGAAGCGGAAGAGAAGAGGACACUGUUAAGGAAUGAAAGAAGGAAAGGAAGAAGAAAAAAGUAUAACUGGGACCGAGACAAGACUUAUUUGUUUAUCAGGUGACCAAUAAUAAAUCUUACCACAAUUUCUUUCUUUUUUUUUUUCUGGUCACGGAGUGAGAAACACGCCAAACAACUGUGUAUAGUUUGAUUAAAAUAUUUUAAUCAUUAUGCCAUGAUACAUCUUAUUAAAUAAUCAGUUUACCAUG